AGGAUCUUCUUCCUGUCACCUGUGAUACAAUUCAGCCAUAUGUAGCAGAGCCCAGGCUGCGCUGUCAUGUCACCCCCUCUAUUCUUUGGGCUGCUCCCCCUUAGUGUGUCUGAUCUGUGGUCCUGGGCUGCCUGGCUCUGCCUCCUGUAUGUGCUGGUAAAAGCCUCUAAGCUCUAUGUGAGGAGGAGGAAGCUGGUUGAAGCUUUAAGCCCAUUCGAAGGUCCUGAGCGUCACUGGCUGUAUGGAAAUGCCCAUGAGUUCCUGGAUGACGGCAAUGACCUGAAGAUUAUGGUUCGGUAUGCUGAACAGUACCCGUACGCCUAUCCACUGUGGCUGGGAAAUUUCUUUGCGGCACUGUCUAUAUGCCACCCUGAUUAUGCAAAGGCCAUCUUGUCCAGACAAGAUCCAAAGGAAAAUUUUGCCUAUCAUUUUCUUACUCCAUGGAUUGGGAAGGGGUUACUGGUGCUGGCAGGACAGAAGUGGUUUCAGCACCGCCGGCUCCUAACCCCGGGAUUCCAUUAUGAUGUUCUGAAGCCGUACGUUAAACUGAUGUCUGACUGUGUUAAUGUCAUGCUGGACAAAUGGGAACAACUUAUCCCAGAUCAAAACCCAGUGGAGCUUUUCCAUCAUGUCAGCCUCAUGACCCUGGACUCCAUCAUGAAAUGCGCCUUUAGUUACCAGAGCAAUUGCCAACUGGACAGCCAAAGGUCCUGCGACGCUGUACAAGAUAAAGUCAUUAAGGAGAGGAAGCAAUCCCUGGAGGAAGAUACAGAGCUGGAGAAGAUCCAGAAAAAGAGGCACCUGGACUUCCUUGAUAUCUUGCUCUGUGCUAAGGAUGAAAAUGGUCGGGGUCUAUCAGAUGAAGACCUGCGAGCAGAGGUGGACACCUUCAUGUUCGAGGGGCACGAUACCACGGCCAGUGGCAUCUCCUGGAUCCUAUACUGCCUGGCUAAAUACCCCGAACACCAGGAGAAAUGCCGGGAGGAGAUCAAAGAAGUCCUGGGGAAGAGGACUACGGUGGAGUGGGAAGACCUGACAAAGCUGCCAUACACCACUAUGUGUAUUAAGGAGAGCAUGCGCCUCUACCCGCCUGUACCAGAAGUGGCCCGCCAACUUAAGGAACCAAUCACAUUCUUUGAUGGACGGAGCCUGCCAAAAGGUGCCAUUGUUCUCAUCUGUAUAUAUGCUAUAAACAGGUGCCCCAGUGUCUGGGAAGAUCCAGAGGUGUUUGAUCCCCUGAGGUUCUCUCCGGAAAAUUCAUCUACAAGACACUCCCAUGCCUUCUUACCCUUCUCUGCAGGAGGAAGGAAUUGCAUUGGCCAGAACUUUGCAAUGAAUGAAAUGAAAGUUGCUGUGGCUUUAACCUUACAAAAGUUUGAGCUACAUCCAGAUCCUGAGCGAGAACCACUAACACGAGCCCAGUUAGUCUUACGCUCCUUGAAUGGGAUUCACCUCCAUCUAAAGAAAAUAGACUGUGACAAGACAAAAAACAUCUGAUGUAAUACAUUUCUUGAUAUUAUUAUUUAUAAUUAUAUAUAAUUUAGAGGGUUUCAAGAAUACAACCACCUACUCAAAUAUUUUUGACUUAUAAGGCUAAUUCACCUGCAAUAUUCCUGCAGUGUAAUUUGUUUAAUCCCAGCUCAGUUUCAUCCAUACAUAUUGAGCCAUUUUAUUGUUUCAAUUGUGUCAGAUGAUCCCCACUAAAAUGACAUGCUCUACUGUGUAGACAGGAUGCCAGUCUCUCUUAUAUGGCUGUGAACUACAGGAUUACAUCCAGGGCUCAAGUCCUGCAGGAACUCAUGGGAACGGAGUUCCUGCACUUUUUCCACAGCAGGAACGCAGUUCCCAUUAGCAGGAGUCCUGCAGGACCAGCCCUUAAAGGGGUACUCCACCCCUAGACAUCUUAUAGAUGUCUGAUUGUGGGUGUCCCUCUGCUGGGGACCCCCGCGAUCUAGGCUGCGGUACCCCAGACAUCCGGUGCACGGAGCGAACUUCGCUCCGUGCCGGAUGACUGGUGAUGCAGGGCAGAGGCUCGUGACAGUAAUGCCCCCUCAAUGCAAGUCUAUGGGAGGGGGCGUUCACGCCCCCUCCCAUAGACUUGCAUUGAGGGGCCGUGACCUUGACAUCACGAGCCUCCGGCAACGCACCCAACGCUCUAAACAAAAGCUGGGAGCAGCAGGGAGAACGUGGGGGUCCCCAGCAGCAGGACCCCUGGGAUCAGACAUCUUACCCCCUAUUCUUUGGAUAGGGUAUAAAAUGGCUACUACCUCUUUAAGUGGAAAUCUUGGGUGAGUUCCCACACUUUUUUUUCCCCAGGACCCCUGAUUACAUCAUUACUUAUAGUAUUCAUCCUGGCAGCUCUGACACCUUCCCACCAAUCUCUGCCCUCAUUGUUCCUCUGUACAUCCCUCCAUGCACAAAGCGCUGCUGAAUAUAUCAUUUCUGCUGUAAGGGAGCCGGAGAGAAGUGAUAUAGUAGGUGAGUCCAUACAAUGAUUAGCUGCAGAGUUUUACAACUCUUCUGACUCACACUGCCUGCCUCUGCUAUCUUCAGGAUCUGUAGUAUAUUCCUAUGAGAUGUAGAUUGAAACUACUCGUCCUCACCUCUUCCUGCUUGUAAGAAAUGACAGGGAGAAACGUAUGACAAGGAAACAGGCUGAAGUUGCAUCACAUAAGAAUACACUGAGACACUCGCUACACUUAGAUAGGAAUAGUAAUGAUAUUGCUCCCAUCUAUUUCUACAAAUGGAAAUAUUCACUUUAGAAUUAUUGUUUUCUUCCUUUUGUUUGUUAAAAAAUUUAAAAUUUGUUGCAUGGGUAUGAUGUUAUAAUAUCUAUGUGACUUCAAUAAAAAUACUGAAGGGAAAUAUAGGCUGCAUAAGGAAAGCCAUAUCAGAGGGUUUGAAAAAAAUCAAGAUGGCAGCAACUCUUACAGUAUUCUAUAAUAAAAGCCUAUGCUGCACUAUAUAACCAAAACACAAUUAUCAGUCCUGUCACAGGACUAGCAUAAGACAAUUGAUGACAAAGAUAAAAUGCCCACUACUACAAUAAAAUGAAAAAUAUUAUAAAAGGAUAUAUAU